AUGGAUCCUGACGACAGAGAGUUUGUUCCUCCGCCAGAGUGUCAUGUGUUCGAACCAUCUCAUGAAGACUUCAGAGAUCCUCUGGCGUAUAUCGCCAAGAUACGUCAUAUAGCGGAAAAAUCUGGAGUUUGUAAAGUUAUUCCGCCACAGGGCUGGCAACCGCCUUUCGUCGUCGACGUUGACAACUUCAGAUUCACUCCUCGAGUUCAGCGACUUUCAGAGCUGGAAGCAUCGUCUCGAUUAAAACUUAACUUCCUCGACAAAAUCGCCAAGUUUUGGCAUCUCAGGGGCAAUAGUCUCAAAAUUCCCAUCGUUGAGAGGAGAAGUCUCGAUCUGUUCAAGCUGCAUCGCAUCGUCGAAAGCGAGGGCGGUUUCGAGCGCGUCGGGAAAGAACGUAAAUGGUUCAGAGUUGUGCAGAAACUUGGUUUGCCCCUAGUGAAAUCGCUCUCCACGGUAUUGCGAAAUCAUUACGAACGGCUCCUCUUGCCGUACGACAUCUUCAAACAGACUGGAGGUUUCGUGGCGCCGGACGAGAAACAGAACGAGUCGAAAGCGGAAACCGUUGUCGAUAGAGACUACGUCCCGCACGACAUUGUGCAAAGGCAGAAUAUCCCGCCUCCGAGCACAGUGAGCCAAAGAAGGAGCAAGCGUCAUUGUGAGCCGAUUGUCAACGACGAGAAUCAGGAGGAAGACGUCAAGGACAAUAAGGAACUCAAACGAUUAGCCUUCUACGGAGCAGGACCCAAACUGCCUGGCUAUUCGCCACCGAAGAAAAAAGGAAAGGUCGACAAGUCGACGAACGAUAGCGAUUCAGCCGUUGCUCACAUCAUAUGCAAGGCUUGUCAAAAAGGCGACGAUGAAGACCGACUCCUAAUGUGCGACAAAUGUGAUUACUCGUUCCACUUGUUCUGUCUCCGACCUCCCUUACACGAAGUUCCUCGCGGAGAGUGGCGAUGUCCGAAAUGCGUGGCGAACGAAGUUCUCACUCCAAAAGAGGCUUUUGGAUUCGAGCAAGCUCGUCAGGAGUAUACUCUACAGGAGUUCGGAGAGAUGGCAGAUACGUUCAAGAGAGACUAUUUCCACAAGCCGGGCCAUACUGUCAAGACGAGCACAGUCGAGAAAGAAUUCUGGAGGGUACUAUCCGACAUACACGCAGACGUCACCGUUGAAUACGGUGCCGAUCUCCAUUCCGCCGAAGUUGGGAGUGGUUUCCCCACGGCGAAUACCCCGGGACUCCUCCCCGAGGACCGAGAAUACGCCACAUCCUACUGGAACUUGAACAACAUCGCAAACCACGCGUCUUCCGUCCUCCGCUACAUCGACGGCGAUAUCUCGGGCAUGAAAGUGCCGUGGGUAUAUGUGGGCAUGUGUUUCUCGACGUUCUGUUGGCAUAACGAAGAUCACUGGAGUUAUUCGAUCAAUUACCUCCAUUGGGGGGAGCCGAAAACCUGGUACGGGGUACCCGGCGACGCUGCUGAGCAGUUUGAAGCCGCCAUGUCGAAAAAAGCACCGGAGCUUUUCGAGGCUCAACCCGAUCUCCUACACCAGCUGGUCACAAUCAUGAAUCCAACAAUACUCCAGGAUGCUGGAGUUCCAAUAUAUCGCGUGGAUCAGAAACCGGGGGAAUUCAUUCUCACUUUCCCAAGGGCCUACCACGCAGGUUUCAAUCAAGGGUAUAAUUUCGCCGAAGCUGUGAAUUUCUGCCCGGCUGAUUGGUUGUCCAUCGGUCGCUUGUGUAUCCACCACUACUCGCUCCUCAAUCGCAAGUGUGUCUUCAGUCACGAUGAACUCAUCUGCAGAAUGGCCACGGAGCCGGAGAGAAUCGAAGUCGGUUUGGCGACGGUCGCUUUCGAAGACAUGCUGAUCAUGGUCAAGUCCGAGACCGCUCUCCGGAACAUAGUCAGAGACUAUGGGGUCGUGAAAUACGAGCGGGUUGUUUUCGAGUUGAUAAACGACGAUGAACGACAAUGUAUGGUGUGCAACACGACAUGCUUCCUAUCAUCAGUGACAUGCGAGUGCAAGGAGAACGCGGCAGGAUCCGCGCUGGUCCCGAGAGGCGAAGACGGCGUCGAGCAGAAGAACAGCCUGAUGACUUGCUUGCAUCACUUCAAGAGUAUUUGUUCCUCGUGUAAACCGGAACAGCUCAUUCUGAAGUAUCGAUAUACACUCGACGAACUGCCUGAGCUGUUGGAUAACCUUCGGAAGAGGUCGGAAGCUUUCGAUUUGUGGCGCAACAAAGUCCGCGAACUUCUCCGGAAGGAUAGAGAUCCGAAGCCCACACUUGAAGAGCUGAAAACCCUCGUCAACGAAGCCACGGAAAAUUCCUAUCCACUGGUCGAUGGUGGAGCGAUUUUGCGGAAGGCCGUAAGACAGGCUGAGACCUAUGCCCAGUAUGCACAGCAGCUCUUGGCCACUAAGAUUCGCACGCGCCGUCAAGAUAUCAAUCAGCCUGUGGGCCGACUGACUAAAGAAGAGCUGGCCAAAUUUUACACAGAAAUGCAAACCAUGCAGUGCACCAUCAAAGAAACGGCUAUAGUGAAAAGCCUGAUCGAUAAAGUUGAAAUUUUCUGUGCGGAAGCAGCGACUUUCCUCCAGACCGAUGACAGCGACGAAUCUCUUCCACUCGACAAACUCAGGGAAAUGACGAUUCAGGGCGAGGCUCUCGAUGUCGAACUACCUCAGUUGACUCAACUGAGAUAUAAACAAGAACGAGUGGCCUGGCUCCGGAAAGUAGGACCCUUCUUGGAACCGAGGAGAGACAACUGCCAGAGUCUGGGCGAACUUACGCUCAACGAUAUCCGCGGUUUUCUCCGGGAGGGCGUGAAUUUGGCUCCGCACAGAAACGUUGAAAGUAGAGCCGGGCAACUCCAACAGAUGUUAGUGGACUGCGAGCGCCACGAGGACUGGGCGGCGGAAGUCCUGAAAGCGAAAGUCAAACCAACGGUGGCUGAUAUUGAGCAACGGCUACAAGAAGCAUUGCGGAUUCCGGUCAAAUUGCCGUCAGUCCUGCUGCUGGAGGAAGCGUUCUACAAAGCCAAAGACUGGAUUGAACAAAUGGAUACGCUCACCCCGAAACGAGAUCACCGUCCUUAUCUUGAUCAAUUAGAAGCUCUCCUGAACAAAUCAAAGAACAUCCAGCUAGGCUUGGAGCCUUGGUCGUCGAAGUUGGAGGAGCUGGUCACCAAUGCGAAACAGUGGCGGGAACGCGCGACGAAAAUUUUCAUGAAGAAGAACACACCAGCAGGAGUUCAUCUUCUUGAUAUUCUGAGUCCGAGAGACGAUCCUCUCAGCCUGCGCGGAGUGCAGAUAAAUAAGAAGGAGGAGAUAAGCGUCGCGGAGGCUUUCGAGGCGACGGCGAUCAGAGAACUCGAGUAUCAGCGUAAGCUGCGGAAACACAACCAACAGAGACGCCUACGGCCGACGAAGCAAGGCGUGGAAGAAAAGCAUUGCAUAUGUCACAAAGCGUUCAAUCUCAACAUGAUACAAUGUGUUCUGUGCAACGACUAUUUCCACCUGGCAUGCGUGCCUUCAUCGUGUGUAUUGACACCUGAGCCUAUCUCGAGCGAAGCCUCUUCGGCGACGAACUUCAACGCCUUCAAAUCAUCGAAAACAGCGAGCCUCAUUCCUCCUAAAUUCUUGUGCAUUUGGUGCCAACGAGGCCGGAGGCCUGGACUCGAGAACAUACUGAGUUUGUUGUUAUCGUUGGAGAGUAUCCCAGUCCGGCUGGUCGAGGGCGAGGCGCUACAAUGGCUCACUGAUCGCGCCAUGCUAUGGCAGAACAAGGCCCGUGAGGCGCUGCGGAAUCGCGAAGUGCAGGAUGCUAUCAAGAAAUUGCAUCACAUUUGCAACCAAUUAGAGCGCGGGGAAAUGGAGAAACUCGAGGCGACGUUCGGACUUGCGGCAAGAAGGAAGCCGAAGAAAGGCGCCUCCACGACGAAAUCGCCCGAGAAGAGUGCCUUCCAAGACGGCUGGUAUUAUUCGCGACCGCUCAUCCAACUGUCGGAGAAUCUCUUGCUGCAUUUAGAAGAGGUCAUGAUGGAAGGGGAUCUACUCGAAGUCUCGCUCGAAGAGACGAUGCUCCUCUGGAGAAUAAUCGCUUCAACGAGGGCUAACCUCUCCGCAUUGAGCACUGGAGCCAAUCUGAGUGAAGAUUUCCCGAAAAAGCGCGGUAGGAAACCAGCGAUCCUCAGCGAAGACGGACGACGCCAACGAAAAGUACUCGUGCCCGCGGGGGCCGUCAGCCUCAAUUCCCGCUUCCAGCCCACGAGUCAUGAAGCGGAAGAGGACGCCGAAGGGGGAGAGGAGCUGUGCUCUGCGGAAAAAUGCUCUCGGCCGGAGGAAGAUUCCGUUAACUGGGUCCAGUGCGACGGAGGCUGCGAUAAAUGGUAUCACAUGCGCUGCGUAGGUCUGCCGGACGACCACAAAAUGGACGACGACUUCGUAUGCGGACCCUGUUCCACGCUGAUAACGGAGGGACACGAUUCUAAAUAGGAUCUCUUCGUCGUGGUUCGCGUCGCCACUAUAAUGUAAAGUGUGUAAAUAUUGUUUAUAAAUAUACAUGGACCGCUGUUAGAGCUUUCCGCAGUCGGUGGAAAGAUGGCUUCCUCACAUUGGACGGAGAACAAAGAAUUCU